CCUCAAACGGGAAGGACGAAAGAACUUCUCACGAGUUGGACGGAGGGAAAAGUAUAUUUAUAUCCCAAUUAAUGCCACUAUGGCACUGCCGAUGCUGCCUGGAAAUUCUCUCAACAAAAACUUGGGGAAAGACAAAUUCCACAAGUCCCAGCAUUUUGACUAUUCCAACGGGGUCCGCAUGAUGGUGGGCUCAGGGAAGCCAGGCAUUGGAGGGGAGUUGCUGUUGGGCCAGAAGUCUCAACCAAACUAUUCUGUCUUUCCCAAUGGAGAGGGCAGUGACACUCCAUCAUGGGUGGCCUUUGACAAGCAGGUGCUGAGCUUCAAUGCUUUCUUCCAGGAGGCUGUGCCUCAGAAGCGAGAGGAGAAAUACCGCGUCAGGAAGUGUAAGAUCUAUUUCUACCUGGAAGACGACACCAUCCAGGUGGUAGAGCCUGAAUUAAAGAACAGCGGAAUACCACAAGGAACGCUGAUUCGUCGGCACCGCAUCCCACUGCCCCCUCCAGAUGAUGAGUGCUUCUACACGGUGCACGACUUCAACAUCAACCAGCAGAUGGUGCUGUACUCACGCACUUUCAUGGUCACUGACUGUGACCCCUUCACCAGAAACUUCCUCAGGAAGAUGGGGGUACGGCUCAACCCCCCCACCUCCACUCCCCUGGACCCCUACAGCAACCUACGACAAGAGAUGGAGAAGAGUAUGAAGCCGCUUCGUCCAUACGAGAGGCUGGACACGCUCAAGCAGUUCCUGGACCACGACCGCAAUGUGCUGCGGUUCUUCUGCCACUGGGACGACUCAGAGAACAUGUUUGGGGACCCGCGCGAGCUUACCCUGCACUACUUCUUGGCCGAUGACACCAUAGAGAUCAGGGAGGUCAUCUACCCCAACUCAGGCCGGGAUGCCACCCCCAAGUUUCUGCACCGUAGCAAGCUGCCCAAGCAUUCUCCCAACCCCAAGCGUCAGCCCGGAGAUAUCACAGACCGUACGGUGCUCAACGUCUUUGGUCCAAUGGGCCAGGGAGGACGCUACAUCCUGGACAGCCUCAAAACAGGUGCGGUCCAUGAGCAGUUCUAUAAGGACAGUGACCUGACUCUGGGGGGCAUGGUCAACGUGUGGGGACGCAGGGUGGUCAUCUGUGACUGUGACAACUUCACCAAAGAGUUCUACCGCUCCAAAUACGGCAUUGAGGACUUCAGCCCAGUACAGUACAAGGCACCUCUGGCCCCUAAGCCCCCCAGGCCUGUACCUCCCUACAAUGGCUUUGGCUCUGAAGAGGACUCUCUGUGCUCCUGCCAGGGCCUGCUGCCCAAACCCCCACAGAAAGACUUCCGCAAGCUCAUGGAGAAAGACAGACAGGGCCUUGAGAGCAAUGUGCUGAGGUUUAUGGGGAAGAUGGUGACUGAAAAUCCCAUCGACAGAGAUAGACUCUUCAUAAUCUCCUUCUACCUCAGUGACGACACCAUCUGUGUGUACGAACCGCCUCAGAGGAACACCGGUGUGUUGGCGGGUAAGUUCCUUGAGCGUGGCAGAGUGAAGAAGCCUGGUCAGGAGCUGUUUAAGAGUGAGAUGUCCCAGUAUUUCAGUGCCCAGGACCUGUAUGUAGGAGCCAGGAUCAGCCUCAACAACCAAGGCUUCCAGCUGAUCGACGCUGAUGAGUACGCCUUCAACUACAUGGAGCAACACGCUGAGGAGUUCCCCAGGGCUAACAUGGGCUCCAUUAUCAGUAAGAUCCGCUCCAUCCCUGAGGACAAACAGAAUGAGAUUAAACAGUUCCUCACCCUCAGUGACCCUGGAAACACUGGACUGAUCCCCUAUGAACCCUUCAGGGGCCUUCUGGUGGGUCUGGAGUGUGGUCUGUCGGAGCACGAGGUGAUGAUGCUCGGUCGUUGUUUCUGUGAGCGCCAGCAGCCCGAGGCAGAGGUGGGUCUCAUGCUGGCUGUGGCUCAGGACCACCUACGCAAGAAACACUUUGAGAGCUUCUCCGACAUGACCAGAGCCUUCACACACGAGGACCGACACAGGACUGGUCAUCUCUCCACCAAGGAGGCCAGGACCAUCUGUAAGGCCUUCCAGCUGCCACUGGCUGAGGACCUGUUGAGGGCCCUCCUCAAGAAGUUUGAUGCAGGCUCUGAGGAGAUGGACUACCAUGCCUUUCUGGCAGGGAUCAACUGGAGAGAGAACCCUGCUCCCCCUGUCCUGCCUGACGACGCCCUGAAGUUUAACGUGGACUGGAGCAGGGAAGCCAGAGACCCAGAGGUGAAGAGCAUCAACUACUCUGUCCUUCUGGAAGACGUGUUCGGUAGUGUCAACACCAACUCUAACCAACCCAACACUCUAACCAACCCAACACUCUAACCAACCCGACACUCUAACCAACCCGACACUAACAAACGCGACACUAACCAACCCAACACUCUAACCAACCCGACACUCUAACCAACACUCUAACCAACCCAGCACUCUAACCAACACUCUAACCAACCCGACACUCUAACCAACCCAACACUCUAACCAACACUCUAACCAACCCAACACUCUAACCAACCCGACACUCUAACCAACCCAACACUCUAACCAACACUCUAACCAACCCAACACUCUAACCAACCCGACAGACGCUCUAACCAACCCGAUACUCUAACCAACCCGAUACUCUAACCAACCCGACACUAACCAACCCGACACUCUAACCAACCCGACACUCUAACCAACCCAACACUCUAACCAACCCGACACUCUAACCAACCCUACACUCUAACCAACACUCUAACCAACCCUACACUCUAACCAACACUCUAACCAACCCAACACUCUAACCAACCCGACACGCUAACCAACACUCUAACCAACACUCUAACCAACCCAACACUCUAACAAACCCGACACUCUAACCAACCCAACACUCUAACCAACCCAACACUCUAACCAACCCAGCACAAGGACUGAGAGAUAGCAAGGAGUACCAGCAGAUCAUCAUCCUAUGAACUCAAUCACCUCGCUGCUCUCUGUGUAUAUUUUCACUUUCAAUUAAAGAACAUGGAUUACAUUUGCAACCAAACAUCGGCCCUUUUAACAUGUGUGGGAAACGGUGUGUACACUUGAAUUGUGUUAUGUGUAAAACAAAGACCCUUAAAAACAGUAUACUGUGUGUGUGGGUGUGUGUGUGUGUGUGU